GCUAAGGUCGCUUCUCUAAUGACACGAAUGAGCGGUGAGUAAUAUAGGAAAUCACUUGCACUAAUUGGACGUGUUCAGUGUUUUGGAAGCCCCUAAAAGAAGAAUGCCACGAACUAAAUUAAAGACCUAAUAAUACCCUUAUCAGAAGGAGGACGAAGUGCGCCAAUAGCUGUGUAUGUGUGCUGAUGCUGGUUAUCAGCCAAGACCGAUCGUUCGAUUUCGGGUAUCGCAUCCAAAACAAGGUGAUGGACCCCUUUGCAAACGAAUGGAAAGAGAAACUCAUAGUCAUAGUGUACAUCUGACAGCGUGAACACACUCCGCCACAGAGAGAAUUCCAACAUGGCCGAGUGUUUUAUGUGCAGCCUGGGGUGGAUUUUAAAGUAUUACCUUUACGCCUGUGCCGCAUGUUUCGGCAUCUUCGUCCUGCUAACCAUCUUUUCGAAGAUUGGCCAACGGGGCAAUAAGUUUAAGUACUACAGCAAAUAUGGCAUGAUAUACUUUGCGACCCAAUCGCUUACUACGCUAUUUGUUCCGUUUUCAUUGGUACGAGCGCGAAACAUCGACAAUUGCAGAAUUAUAGCCGCGGUAAUAUCGCGCUGUUCUAAAAUCCUUGGUAUCACGUGGGAGCUCCGGAAUGCGCAGAUUCUACGACAGGCGAAAGGUGCGAUCGUUCUCACGAAUCACCAGUCGUCGAUGGAUAUAUUGGGUAUGAUGAUACUUUGGGGCAUCCUUCGAAAGGUGGUUCCCAUCGCUAAGUUGGAACUGCUGUUUCUCUUCCCAUUUGGACCAUCCGCCUGGCUUGGCGGUGUGCAGUACAUUAAUCGCAAAAAUCGUUCGUCCGCAAUGAAGGCGUUUGAUCGCUGCAAGCGCAUGAUGACAGAGGACGGUGCGAAGAUGUACAUUUAUCCCGAAGGUACACGCUACCCCGAGCGUGGAAUGCUUCCGUUCAAGAAGGGUGCAUUCCAUACCGCCAUUGAGGCACAAGUACCGAUCAUUCCGGUCGUGUUUUCGCACAUGUACUUUAUCCAGUCGAAGAAACAUAUCUUUGACGACGGACAUGUAAUCAUCGACACGCUCGAGCCCAUCCCGACAGUUGGUUUGACGAAAGCUGACCUAGACCAGUUGAUCGAUCGGACACGUAAUGCUAUGCUGGCAAAGUAUGAAGAGCUAAACCGCGAAGUCGAUGCGGGCCUGAAGAACGCACAGUGGGUGAAACAGGACCGGCCAAGGUUCAAGGUGUACGAAGUGUCCUUCGGAAAGGAACCACGUUGGUGUCCAAUGUGCACACAGCUGCCCUGUUUAUCCUGCCCGCUGCGAACGCUCGGAAGGAAGAAUUCUAAUCGGUAACUUCCCGAGUUGCGAUACUCCCGUAAGCCCCUACGGGUUUACACACGGUUAACGUGUGCGUUGUUGUGGUG